GCUAUAACAUAUUCAAUAUAUAAAUAUACUGUGUACAACAUUGUAAAAUUAAGACUUGAGAGUCGAAGAACUUUAGAGAGCUUGUGAAUGAGAUGGUAGAAUGGAGAAGUGGUAAUUACAGUCGAAAAGACGAAUAUCGCAACGGAGGGAAGACCAUGCGGAAACUGUAUGUAUUGGCGGUGUUGAUAGCAUUUUUGUGCAGUUUGGUGAGCUCGGUACGCUUCAGUGAUGGUUUUGAUGCCGAUGAAGAAGAACUGGAAAAGCAGGAUGUAUUGAAAAAAUUCAUUGACAGCCAACGAAGUUAUCAAAACGACGAUUUUCAAAGGUCAGAAUCAGAUGAGCUUCUUGAUUGGCUCAGAGAUUUAAUCAUGAAAGACCAAUACAGUCAGGCAAAGCAUGACGGCGAAUACGACAAUACGGAAAGAUAUAAAGAACAUGAUCACCCUGCUGAAGAGUCGGAAGAAGAAAUGUUUUCCGAUUCCGACGAAAGUUUACUAGAUCAAAUUUUGGCUCACUUUGAAAUCGACAUUGUGGAUAAUAUUGAUGGAAAAAAAUCCAACGCGGCCAAGGUUUCCAAGUUUUUGAAAACGUAUCAAAAAGAGCUCAGUGAAUGGAGAAAAAAAAGUGGGUUAACGGAGUGGAUUAAAGAAACAAACCUAACUUCUUAUAAUAUUGAAAUUGCUAAGAAGUCGUCUUUGGAAAUGUCGGCUUGGGCGAAGAAGCGUAGAUUAGAAGCCGAUAAAUUUAGUACAAAUGGUUUAAAUUACGAACAAAAAAGAAUGUUGCGAUUUGUGACUGAUACAGAUGCCUUGAUGGAACCCUAUUUGAAUAAAAAAGAAGUGAAUCUUGAAAGCAAAAUAAGUGAAAUAUACAGCAAAGCGGAAGUUUGUAACAGUACGUCUGGGAAGUGUUACCAUUUUGAACCGGGACUUAUCAAACUUAUGGAAACUUCUCGUGAUUAUGAUGAGCUUCGUUGGGCAUGGAAGGGAUGGCGUGACGCUAUUGGUCCCAAGAUUAGGAAAGAUUGGAUCGCGGCGAUGGAGGUAUCGAACAAAGGAGCACGAGAACAUGGAUACCACGAUGUUGGGGAAUAUCGAAGACAUCAGUAUGAAGACCCAGAUUUUGAAAAAGAUAUCGAUGAUUUAUGGAAAAAGCUGGAACCAAUUUACAAAGAAGUUCAUGCUUAUGUAAGAUACAAACUUCACCAGAAAUACGGAGAUCGGGUUGCUUUGGACAAACCAAUACCUGCACAUCUUUUAGGUGAUAUGUGGGCAAUGAAAUGGGAUGGUAUUUUCGAUAUUUUAUCCCCAUUUGCGGAUGUUGAACCAUUUGACGUUACAAAAGAAAUGAAAGAUAAGAAUAUGACUGUUAUGGACAUGUUCCACCUGGCAGAUCAUUUUUACCGUUCACUUGGGUUACCUAAAAUGACGCCAGAAUUUUGGAAGAACAGUAUGUUUACCAGACCGAAAGAUAACAGAUCUGUUGUGUGUUACGCAUCUGCUCACAAUCUGGAGCGAGAUGACGUCAGGAUAAAAAUGUGCGCCACGGUAUCGGGAGAAUAUUUAUACGUUGUUCAUCAUGAGAUGGGACAUUGCCAAUAUUAUCUGGCAUAUAAUAGACAUCAGCCAUCAUUAUUUCAGUCCGGAGCAAACCAUGGUUUUCACGAAGCGAUUGGCGACACCGCUGCAUUAUCAGUGAUUUCACCAACCCAUUUGGAAAAACUGAAACUCUUAAAAUACAGUACGGGAACGGCAUUAGAGCGGAAAAAACGUGAUAUCAAUUUCUUAAUGAAAAAAGCUCUUGGAAAACUCGUUUUUUACCCAUUUGCUUUGACAAUGGCAAAGUGGUAUUGGAAUGUUUACAGUGGAAAGAUAAAACAAGAAAAUAUUAAUGACGCGUGGUGGCAGUAUAGAAAACAAUACCAAGGGUUAGUGCCACCCGUGGAUCGGACUGAGCAAGAUUUUGAUCCGGGAUGCAAAUAUCAUAUAGCAAACUUUGUACCUUAUGUUAGAUAUUUUGUGAGUCAUGUGUUGCAAUUCCAAUUUUUCGAAGCUCUCUGUGAUCUUGCCAAAUUCAAAGGUCCUUUGUUCAAAUGUGAUUUCGCGGGAUCUUUGGCCGCAGGAGAAAAAUUCAAGAAAAUGCUUGAAAUGGGUGACAGCAAGCCGUGGCCUCAAGCUUUAAAAGAGUUGACAGGAACUACAAAGAUGAGUGUCGAUUCUGUCGAGAAAUAUUUCCAUCCUUUGAUCACGUGGUUAAAAGCAGAAAACAAGCGACUCAACAACAAGAUCGGCUGGAAUUAAUGACACCAUCUUUUAUUACCUAAUUUCGUAUUUGGAAUUUUACUUUACCGGGGAAAACAGUGUAAUGAUAUACAAAUCAAUUUAAUCAAGCUUGAUUUAUAAAUAUGUAAUGUAUAUUAAUCAUAUACCGCAAUAUUACAUAACUUGCCAACAAAAACAAUAUUUUCUGAUUUUCAAAUUUAAUAUAAUCUGCAUCGGCAUUUGCUGAGAUAAUUUAGCUGAGAUUUUAACUUAACAUGUAUACUUCCUUGUUUUUCCUUUAACGUUUGCAUACGGUUCUUCAGUUGUGCUGUGUUUUUUUUCCGAUUUGGGAUUUGUGCAAUUGUCGGAAGAUUAAUAAAAAAUUUUUGACUAAUAUCA